AUGUCUCCUCAGAUGGCUACCUUUUCUCUAGGGAAGCGACCACGUGGUAAACGAAGUUGCACAGGCAAAGUCCGGUCGGGUUGCAUUACGUGCAAGCGGCGACAUAUCAAGUGCGACGAAACUCGCCCUUACUGUCUGAAAUGCACCAAGUCGCCUCGAGGGCCAGGCAUAUGCGAGGGCUACCAACCCGGAAAGAAGCAACCAGAUCGUCACGCUCAACCACGCCUGAUUACCUCCAAGGAAACUUGGCGGAUCUGGCCUGCCGCUGUCCUUAGGGAACCCGGCUACGAGUCCGCUUUCUUCAGUAAUCCUCAGGAGAAAGUCUACUUUGACUUUUGGCAGCAUCUAGUGGCCAACAUCUAUCUUUUCCCCAGCGACAUCAUGAUCCGCGUUGUCCCACAGCUUGCGCGUCGCGAGCCAGCCAUCAAGCACGCCGCUCUCGCCAUGGCCGGGAUGGCCCGCGCGCUCGUUCCGUCGCUCAUCAGGCGGUCCAGGAAGCAGCUCCAUGCCAACGGGCCGCACUACGAAUUUGCUCUACAGCAAUACGGCCGCGCGAUCAAGCUUGUGCGUAGUUCCCAGCCGUCAAGUGAGAACAUGCUCUGGGCUAUCGUCUGCUGCGUUCUCUUCGUCACGUUCGAGUGUCUCCACGGUGAUCGCGACGCGGCGCUAUCGCAUGUGGAUCAUGCCUACAAAAUGAUGGAAACGUACUUCAAUCAGCGUUCCCUGCUCGAGGACGGUCCCGUGACGGACUCUAUCCGCGCAGUGUGUGACGAUGCUGCGUGGGUGUUCCAGGGGCUGACGAUGCAGGCCUGGUCACACAAUGUGUUGCACUCUAAGGACGCUUCGCAAAUCAGCUGGUGUUGUCGUGGCAGCAAGCGCGCUUACGCUGUGGACGAGAUGCCCACUGUGUUUGCAGACGUCCACAUGGCGCGGCGUUGGUGGAGAGUCGUGCAGCAUUACACGUGUCAUAGAUGUCCCAUCUACACAGAGAUGUUUGUUGAUGGACUUUCGAAGGAGAUGCUUGUGGGCAGCUAUGUGCGGCCGGCUCAAUUUCCGAAUCACCUGGAUGAGCUGGCCGCUGUGCUCCCCGACUUCCUUGGCCAUCUACGACGUUGGCAGAAUGCCUUCCAAGGGAUCUACGACGACCUGCGGGCGAAUCAAACCCAAAACUACAAGGCAUAUGUGGACGCCUGCAACUUGCACAUACAAUAUCUCACUCUUUGGACCGAUGUCUCAAGUCUAAGCUACGAAGACAUCAAAAUGACCAUCAUGCUGACGCCAUCAUUCCGCCAGAUGGUUCAUCUUAGCCGCAUCGUCCUCGCAGCGCAGCAAAACUGCGGCGGAUGCACAGAGACCUUCAGCAUGGACAACGGUCCCACUCUACCGCUCUUGAUCGUCGCGUGCCGAUGCCGCGAGGACAGCGUGAGACGAGAGGCUACAGAGUUGCUGGGCAGAUACCACCGUCGCGAUGGAUUAUGGGAUAGCAGAGCUUUCCACAGCGUCGCGCUGAAGAACGUGGCGAUCGAGACGGAGAACACUACCGACGGAGGCGAUGGUGAGCAGUGGUCACGCAUGUCGCGACGUGAGGUGCACUUCAGCCGCGAAGGAGAUGUGACCGGCAGGACGUUCAGAUGGCAGCCAGAUGUGGAGUGGAAGCGUGUUGAAGAAUCUUUGUCAAUGGUUUAUUAA